CACACACACACACACACACACACACCUCCCUGCCUGUGUCACCAAGGCAACAGCCAAACUGUAGCUUUGCAGAGCCGGUUUUAAUUUACUUUCCCAAUUCUCUGCAGAUCUGUCUCUGACUUUUUUCCCACAGUUAAUUCUCUGGUUUGCAGCAGUGACUUUGACUGUUCAGCGGGGCUCACAGAUGGCAGACCCUGAGAGGGAGCAGUCUCCUCUUGUACCCCCAGGCAGCAGCUCUGAACCCGGGCUGAACAGCGGCGCUCCUUCCCCGGACACAGAGCUCCAGGCAGGAGGGCAGGAGGAGGUCGAGGAAGCCUUGGAGGAAGGUGGAGCAGACGGAGCCCUGAUGAACCCCAAACCUCCUCUGCUGCACCUCCGCAGAGAUGUGGCUGGCAGAGGACAUCGGCGAAUCGGAGGCCAGAACCUGAGAGCCAAUAAUCACAUUAUGUCUCCGCCUGCUGCCCCCUCCCCCAGCAGCAGCAGUAGCAGCAGCAGCAGCUCUUUUUCCGGCAGAAGGCCGCUGCUGUUAUCUAGUGAGGAGCGGAGAGAGAUGGCGACGCAGCAGAGAGCGCUGAAGGAGGAGCGGCGGGCGGCGCUGGAUCCCCGACACAGAUACCUGAUCAGCAGGCUGGAGGACGCAGGGACGCUCGGGGGGGCCGAGGUGGAGGACGCCCUCAUCUCUGACGACAAGUUCAGUCUGGUGGAGGAUUUCUUUGCUGCAAACGGGUCCAAGAAGCUGAUGUUCUUCUAUCAGGAUGAUCUGUCCUCUGUGGAAGUAACAAACUCCGCUACAGAUCAGAGGAAACUCUUCCUCACCACAGGAUGCUCAGAGCGUUUACUGGGGAAGUGUCUGUUCUUCCUGAGAACCACCGACAAGGCCAUAACAACGGCUAACGUGCAACAGGAGGUGAACUUUGGGAUGUUGGCCUGCGGAGACAGCAGCCUCCUGAGCAGUGUGGAGACUCUGCUGACUUACAUCAUGCUGCCGGCCCUGCGCUCACAGCAGACGUGGGGCUCGGUGCAGGACGGCACUUCCUGUCCAGACGUCCAGUCCUUCCUGUCCUCAGUGGAUCAGUUCAUCUGUAAUCUGAGCUCGGCCAGAGUCAACAUAGAGAGACAGUUCCAGCUGCAGCAGGUGGACCUUCCUGAGGCCAUCCACCAGCUGAGCUGCCCCGCAGACUACACAGCCGCAGCCAAUAACAGCGAGCUGGUGGAGCACCUGGAGGGCGUGGUCUCCAUGUGGACCAAUCAGAUCAAGCAGGUGCUGACGGAGAGCAAGCAGAUCAGGAAGGAGGCGGACGACGUGGGACCGUCAGCUGAGCUGGAGCACUGGAAGAGACGCAUGGUCACCUUCAACAGUCUGAUGGAGGAGGUGAAGCGUCCUGAGGUGAAAAGGACUCUGGGGGUUUUGCAGGUCACCAAGUCCCGAACUCUACGCACCUGGAGAGAGCUGGAUGGGGACAUCACCGUUGUGGCUAACGAGGCUAAAGACAACGUGAAGUUCCUCUACACGCUGGACAAGUUCUUCGGGCCGCUGGGGAAAUGCACUCCGACCCGGUUGCUGGAGCACAUCCCCCGUCUGAUGAGCAGCAUCAGGAUGAUCCACACUAUCUCCCAGUACUACAACACUUCAGAGAGGAUGACCUCACUGCUGCUCAAGGUCACUAACCAGAUGAUCACCACCUGCAGGAGCUUCCUGUCGCAGGGCGUGGCCCGCAUCUGGGACCUCAGCAGGCCAGUGCUGCUGCAGCGUAUCUCAGACUGCUGUAAGCUGAAUGCUGAGUACCAGAGAAGCUUCCAGACGGUCAGAGACAAGUUGAGAGAAAACCCUGAAAGCAGACAGUUUGACUUCAGUGAGAACUACAUCUUCGGGAAGUUUGAUGCUUUCUGCAGGCGUCUGGAGAAGAUCGCUGACAUGGCGUCUUCACUGGAGAGCCUGGCUGCUCUGCAACACAUGAAGGUGGAGGGCAUUGAGAAGAUUUACGUUCGCUACCAGAGCAUCGUCUCCACCACAACGUCCAAGACCUACGACGUGCUGGACCACCGCAAGUUAGAGUUUGACAGUGACUAUGCAGACUUCCAGCUGCAGGUUCACAGUUUGUUCCAGUCUCUUCAGUCUCUGCUGGACUUUUGGUGCCAUCAGCCUCUCACUAAAGGACAGGCGUCAGACACUGUAGGGUUGAUAACUGAAACAAACGCAUUUACAGCUACCGCAGCGUGGAGAAUCCUCCACUGGAGUUCCCCACCCCUCUUAGUCAGCGGAGGCUUGUAG